AUGUCACUUACCAGUAAACUGCUUGUUGAUAUUCACACGCAUGUAUAUCUCCCGCGAUAUACUGCUUUGCUGAGAUCCAGAACUUCAGUUCCUUUUAUUCGGAGUACAACCACUCCUGAAGGCGCAACAGAUGAUCGGUUGUUGAUUUUGGACCAUGAACCAAGUGGUGGUCGCCCAGUAGGAUCACAGUACUGGGACAGAGAAGAAAAGUUAAAAUUUAUGGACAAACAUGGUAUUGAUGUCUCAAUCGUAAGGUAUGCUUACGAGUCCCCGAUUCCUCACUCGCGAAGCUCAUGGUCGCGGGACUUUACCAGCACUGCGAACCCCUGGUUGGACUUUCUUCCAGCUUCAAAAGCGCAGACGCUUGCGUCCGAAUUGAAUAACGACCUCGAAGAAUAUUGUUCGACUGGUCCUUCCCUGAGCAGUCAUGAAAUUAAGAGAUUGUACGGCUUCGGUUUAUUACCUUUGGUCCCGGAAAUAACCACGUCUGCUUUGGUCGAUGUAGUCCAUCAAAUUGGCAAUUUGCCACAUUUGCGUGGUCUUAUUAUGGGCACUCGGGGAAUCGGAAAGGGUCUGGACGAUGAGUCCCUUGACCCAGUAUGGGCAGCAAUUGAGAAGGCCGGCCUCGUUGUGUUUUUACACCCGCAUUAUGGAGUUGACGCAAGUGCUUGGGGCGAUAAAUAUAACGGACAUGUCCUCCCUCUUGCUCUGGGUUUCCCAUUUGAAACUACCACAGCCGCCACCAGAUUAAUUUUAUCAGGAGUCUUCGACAAGUUUCCAUCUCUCCGUUUGCUCCUUGCGCAUUCGGGAGGCGCACUUCCUGCCCUUUCUUCUCGACUCGCUUCAUGUAUCGACCACGAUCCGGUGGUGGCAUCAAGACUCAAGCAUGAUGCAAGGUACUAUUUAGGAAAAUUAUACCUCGACGCCGUGGCGUAUGGACCAGAAGAACUAGGUUUUGCAAGUGACAUCCUUUCCAGAGCACCGAAAUAUGAAACUACAUCCUCGGUUGUGAAGAACGGUGCUGAUCGAAGUACUGGGAGCAAAAGAAUGCUUUUUGGAACAGACCAUCCAUUCUUCCCUCCACUGUCGAUGACAGAAAAGUGGAAGAGUGUUGUUGAAAAUUUGGAAGCUAUUGAAGCUGUACAGGGAUGGUCUCAAGAAGAUAAAGAUGGUGUACGAGGAGGGAACGCUGUAUCUCUAUUCGCACUGGACAAGUGA